AUGUCUUCCCUGACUGCGUCGUGGACUGCCGGGGUGAGGAAGAGGCAGAGAGGAAUGUCGGAGCGGGAUGAGAGUGGGAUGGAGGAGGAGGAGAGGAGAAGGAGUGGAGGUGGGCAGGUGUACAAGUCGUCCAGCGAAGGGAACAUCAACCAGCUGGGUCUCCUAAGCGAGGAUGGGGAAGCGGGGGAGGUAGAAGAGGAGGAGGGGGGACGUGAAGAUUCGCGGAGUGUUGUCGGGACGCCCGCCUCCUCCAGGUCCCGGAAGAAGACGAAGAUGACUAUUGGGUUCUCGCCGCAGGACUUAUUCUCUUCCUCGAUCAUUCCCUCACCUCAGGCUCGGCUACUGAGUUCCCCCGUCGGUCCUCGCUCCCAGUCCCCGUUCAUCCUUCCUCUCUCUCCCCCGUCCACCCCUCCUCGCUCCCCUCUCCCCACACCACGCCUGUUUCCCAGCUGGCUCUCGGGAGAGGAGCAGGGUGGGUGGACACCUGUGGGAGGAGCGGUGGUGUGGCAGAGAAUCGUGAAGAUUCUCGGAGACAUCAACAAGAUCCCCGACACCGACAUGCACCUUCUGGCCUUCGACACCCUCCUGUCUGUCUGGAGACAUUUAGUGGAGCUGGAUGCCAACCUUGGUGUUUCCACCGACAACCAAACCACACCUCCUCUUCCUCCAUAUCUCCCUCCUCUCGAUUUCUUUCUUCCCUGGGUCCUGAAAGCCUGCACCCUGCCACCUGAGUAUCUCCCCGGUCGAGCGGUUGCCAUUCAGCUCCUCUGUGAAAUGAACAUCCGUCACGUGCGCACGCCGCAGCCCCAGGAGCAGCUGGCAAUCUUCUACCACCUCCUCCAGAGGGCCCUCCAACCUUCCUCGGACACUAUGUAUGUGGCUGUGAGGUACUGCAGCAAGCUGUUCUCCUAUGGCCUGCCUGGAGCUGGCGUUCUAAUGGCUGACUGUAUCACAGCCUGCUCCGCUGUCCUCGCCUACCCCGGCCGACCCUCCGACGUUCCUCGCAGUGAGUGUCUGCAGCUACUGGGGUCCAUGUUGUUCCUGCCUCGUCUCUCGCCUUCUCUGAGGGAUAGUCUCGUCUCGGCACUCAUCACCGCCGCCCGAACGAACCGACCAAGAACACCCGGUCAGUGUUUGGCUCUGUACCUCAUUGGAAUGAUGGUGUUUUCUGAACUCUUUGCCGGCUCACCUUCCACUCGAAUCCAAGAAGCUGUCGAUAUUCUACUGGCUUCCCUCAGGUUCCCAGAGCGUUCGGUGGCAAUGACGGCAGUGGACAUGCUGACUCUCCUGGCCGAGGUGGCUCCUCAGAUGAACGCCUCCCUCCCCUCCAUGCCUGCUAGAGUUCUCCAGUCAAUGUGCUUCUCUCUUGCACAGUUCAUGACACACCCGGAGCUGAAGAAGGCAGCCUGGGGCACAAAGGUGGUGGUGAGUCUGUUGCUGUGUCUGAGGGACUGGUGUAUGGUCCUCCCACUGGACACCAUGCUCCGUGGACCUCACCUCCAUCCCUCAAUACUCCGGGAAGCCUUCAAGGUCCUCCAGGCAGCUGCCACGAGUUGUCGGGAGGCACAGCUAGCUCCAGACUCCAUAGCGACCCAGACUGCAGUCCAGCUGGACCCUCUCGAUAGUUUCACCACCCACAACACGUCCCCAGGCCGUACCGCACGGGGACCCAGACAACCACCACCAGGAAAAGGUCCCAGCGCCCUGCCACACACAGCAGCCUCCGGGGCUCACCACCGACCGUUCAGCCGAGAAGACGAGGAUAGAAUGCAAGUCGCUGCAAGAUCAGUGCUGGCCCACCUGGUCAACCUAAUGGGUCAUUUCCCACUGGGAGGAGGCCCGGCCCAGAUGACCUCGGUGGUGAGUGAGUUCCAUGACUCACCCUCUCUCAAACACCUUGACGACCUCUCAACUGAGAUUUUCGACUCUCCUCGCGUUCAGGUGUUCUCUUUGAACGAGACGGCAGUAGUGACACUGGUAGAGAUCCCUAUUGAGCACACAGGUCUUCCUCCGACAGUGGAACCUGCAAAGUUCCAGACCAGAAUCAUCGUCAGAGAUGUGACUGGGAAGUACUGCUGGGACUGUGCCAUGCUCUACGGCCCCCAGAUGUUCCCUUGCCCAGAUGGAAUUCCUCAAGUGAUCACGGCAGGAGACAGUGAAGAGUCGAUCUCUGCCACUUCUGCAACCACCGCCGAGUCUGCCAGUCUGGAAGUGGGUGGAGUAGGAGGCGUGGCCUCGUCCUCCGUGGACCCGGUCCCCCCUUACAGUGAGGAUCCUCUGCAGCCACCCUCCUGGGAGACGCACGCCAACACUGACCGAGACACCCUGGAAGACUUGCUGAGACACAUAGAGCGGACUAGUCCUGAGUGCGUGCUCUAUCCAGGGGUUGCGGGGCUGGCUGAACCAGCUCCUGUUGCCAGCAAGACAACCAGGACCCUGGAGGGAAAGAUGGUGGCUGCUGUUCAGAGCCAGCAGGCCUCGGAGGCAGAGUAUUCACAGGGCAUAUCUCGACUAGCGAGUGUGUGUGGGGAGAGGGAGAAAGCUCCGACUCACAUCUCUGUCGAGUUUGCCUACCACCACUGUCGGCUCCUGCUGAGCCACCUCGGAAUGUUCUCUGCCAGUCGCAGGGAUCAUUUGGACCUGCUGGAGAGAAACAAUCAACUCAUUCUGGAGCUAAGACAUUUAGACAGUACUCCAGCCCAAAGUCGAAUGACGUACAAGGUGGCUGUUCUCUAUGUGGGCCCCGGGCAGGAGGACAAGCACUCCAUUCUCAGAAACAGCAGCGGGAGCAGAGACUUUGAGGAGUUUGUUGCCGGACUGGGCUGGGAGGUGAACAUGGAGACACAUGCUGGAUACAUGGGAGGUCUGAAGAGAGAGUUCUGCGCCCACACGACGCUGCCCUACUAUGCCACCUCCACGGAGGAGGUCCUGUUUCAUGUCUCCACUAGAAUGCCUUCAAAGGGCUCAGAUGUGGAGCAGAAGGUGCGUCAUCUGGGCAAUGAUGAGGUACAUGUAGUGUGGAGCCAGCACUGGAGGGACUAUCGCUCCACCAUUUUCAAAACAGCGUUUGCCGACAUCCUGAUUGUCAUAUAUCCGCUCCCAAACGGGCUCUUUAGAAUCGAGCUUAUCAAAAAGCAGAAACAGAAUAUCCUAUUUGGGCCUCUGUUUGAUGGGGCAGUUGUGAACCGAAAGAGCUUGCCAUCUCUCGUGAGGGCAACAGCCAUCAAUGCCCUGCGAGCCCAGAGAAGCCCCCUGGUGGGCUACCGUGGAAGGUACGAAGAGAGACUCAAGUACAUUCACACCAUUGUGAAGAGAAAGAUGAAGUCAUCCUUUGAAGAGUUCACGCAGAACGUGAUGCAUCCGCUCGAGUCGUCUUCCGUUCCCGGCUCGGCCAGGGUCCCCACGCGGAACCAGACACUGGAACUGGAGCCCCUCCCCCAGCCUCGACGCUGCAGUGAACACGGCGGAUCUUGCAAUCUCCUGAGAUUGCCGACUAGUACGAUGACCCCUGGGGUCGGGGAGGGUGUGGAUUACAGAUCUCGACGGAGCCACUCGCCACGGUCCAACCUGCUCCUGGUGGGCAACUCUGGCUGGCACUCUCCUCACGGCAGGAGACCUCGCGCCAACACCAAUGAUGACAGGAGAUCUCAACACUCAAAAUCAGGUCCUGAGCUGCAGAGACAGCGACUUCCUAGGAAUCGCUCGGUGCCAGAAAAACUCCACAGAGUCCACCAGGUCGAGAGUGGAGCAGACAGUGGGGAGACCACUCCGCCCAGUUCUAGCAGUACAGCUCUCUCACUCUCGGCCAGCGGUACCAAUCUCUCCCUGCCCCUGCCUCGCAGACCAAUCAACAUCCGUCGGCGCCGGACUGUUAGCCCCUCCCCUACUUCCCUAGUCCCGCCCACCGCUCCCUACAGAUCGGGAACUUCCUAGCCUACCCAACCACUUAGCAUCUUGUCGAUUUUUAAAACCUUGUGCCCUGCAUACAACACCUACUUUUUAUCAUUGUGUGUUUUUGUUCCUUUGAUCGCUGGUUUGUGUCUUUUAACUUUUCGUGACCGUGUGAUACAUGUCCCGAGGUAAUGUCUGUAGCACAUCACUUUUUUGGUGUAAAUCACACUAUGUUGUCACUACACAGACGCAAUAUCUCACCUUUCACAAUCAGAAUGUCUGUAGAGUCAGCUAAUCCAUUGUUGCCCACGCACAAAUAACACUUUUUAGUCCAACUGAUCUUCUGAUGUCGCAAUUCAUCACUGCAUUCUGACGUUAUUAACCAGAC